CUCUCAAGGCACAAGUCCCCGCCGGUCUCUUCUUGAUAAGGGAACCCGACAGGACCUAGCAUCCCUAUCAUCGUACUGCGUACUUGCAGCGGAUAGCAGUCGGGAUUGUUGGGCGACUUGCGCAUAGCAGCUUGCCGUUGUUCCACAAAGCACGGUGAAAGCAGCAACAGCAGCAGCGAGAUCGAUAACGUACCCUCUAGCGGACGCCGCUUGUCCCACAAGACAAUCUCGGGUUGGGACGUCUUCGGGACCGGAAGUCAAGCCGAUGGCAGAUAUCAUGGCGUGGGGGAGCAAUCUGACGUUCCCAUCACUCUCACUCUAUCCGUACUCUACCCGGAUUCCAACAAGCUGGUUGGCGAAACGCCUUCAACGACCGCACAACCCUCAUGUCUCUGGUUCCUGCAGCGGGACUCUCGGACAGCAUCUGCAAUUGUUCGCUCGGGAGUUGGGACCAAGCUUGCUGUGCAAGGGGAUUGGAUCCGAGAGCGAACAUCGAACUGCCCUGUCCUUGGAGCACUACUUUACCAGUAAUUACAUUACUGUGGUUCGGAGCCGAAAUAGUGAAGAGGAAACGGCUUUCAAUGAUCGGCGGCAUUCUCCAGCUCUCACGGUCGGUUGUCGAGUCAGGCCGGGAUGUCAAGGAGCCCCUGACAGACCGUCUCUUUCACGACUCAGAUGUGUUUGCGCGCAGCAACAGAAUCGUGAACUGGGCCGCUGGGGGUUCAUGUUACCCAGAUCGCCGACCAAUUUGUGAUGCCGGGAGAUGACUUCUGCAAGCGUCCGUAUGCU